AUGCCAACUUUGCGGAAUUUGACCGACAAACAGCGCGCCCUAGACCCCAUUUAUGACCCUGCAACCACCGACGGCAACUUUCCUCGAGUCGGCGUAACUGGCGUAGUAUUCCUCAACACCACCGCAGUCUUAAGCACUAUCAUUCUGGGUAGCGUCCGAACGAUCCGCGAUUUCACUGAAGGACCCAGCACUAUUUCUCCCACAAUUCAGAAUGCAAAUCAAAUUGCCAAUGAUGAGUCGGGUGGCGUUUCAAUCAGUAGGAUCUGGCUCGACAAUGUGACAAGCACUACCCUCACCUUUAAGCCGCAUGAUUCGGACGGCGGCACCCCAAUUGUCGUGAAUAACACGACUCUGCGUUUUGGAGCCGGUAAGUAUGUAUUCAACGCAUACUUUGACUAUCCGCAGCUGGAUCAGCUCAGUCCUCAAGAAGUCCUUAACAACGCGUCCCAGACGUUGAUUACCAGCAAUGCUGACCAAGUCGAUUCCCUUGCUUUCCUCUCCUACACCGACAAGCUCUUGGCAGGAGCGUGGCGAUUUUUGACGUACUUUGGACGUGACACCAUGAUCUCUCUGCUUCUUCUGCGGCCAGUUCUCAGUGAGGGAGACGGUGGAGCAGUCGAAGCCGUCAUCGGUGCCGUUCUGGAGCGUAUCAACCGCACGGAUGGGACCGUGUGCCACGAAGAAACAAUCGGCGACUAUGCCACUUACCUGAAUCUACAACAAAACAUCAAAAGCACGGCGCCGCAGUAUGAUUAUAAGAUGAUCGACACCGAUUUUUUCCUCCCAGUCGUUCUGUACGAGUAUUUCGUCAAAAGUCCCACCGGUCAGCAACGAAAAGACGCAUUUCUUGCUAUCGAAGCAACGGUUAAUCCGGGCAACCAGGGUCUCAAAUACGGCGACCUGGCCCUUAUGACUGCUGAGAAGAUCAUGAACAUUUCAACGCCAUUUGCUUCCAUAGGCGGUCAAGUGAAAGAAAAUCUUAUUCACCUGAAAGAAGACCAGGUAGUGGGGCAGUGGAGGGAUAGCACCUAUGGUAUUGGCGGCGGAAGGAUCCCAUAUGAUGUCAACACUGCCCUUGUCCCUGCAGCACUGCGAGCUAUUGCAUCCUUGGCUGCUGAGGGGUUCUUCCCUACCCACGUUGACUGGCAUGAUACGGCCAGCCAAUACGCCCAGGUCUGGGAAGAUGAAACCCUACACUUCUUCGAAGUCGACAUUGAAGCCGAGGAAGCACAGAGUUUGGUUCAGUCAUAUGUCGUCGAGUCUGGGUUUGGAGGCCCUGUAGACUUGGAUAACAUAUCGACCAACGUUCACUUUCAUGGUCUGGCUUUGGACGGUAACAACAAUCAGUCAAUCGUCAGGGUCAUGAACACCGACGACUGCUUGAGAUUGUUUCUCGUCAACUCUACUGAUCAGGAACAGUUGACGUUAUUUCUCGACCAAGCCGCAGAGCAUAUAAUUCAACCUUUUCCCAUAGGCCUCUCAACGCCUAUCGGCGUGUUGAUAGCGAACCCAGCAUAUGGAGGGGACCCUGUUUACGCCAGAAACUUCACCAAUAAUGUCUAUCACGGCACGGUGGUUUGGAGUUGGCAGCUUUCCAUGCUCGCCGUAGGCCUUGCUCGCCAGCUUGACCGCUGCAACUCCGCUCACGUCCCUGACUUUUGUAAUGACACGACCGUGUACGCUAAAGUGCUUCAAGCUUACAACCAUCUGUGGGACCUGAUUGAUUCGAAUGGAGCCUACCUGAACAGUGAGGUUUGGAGCUGGGUCUAUGAUGCUGGAGACUUCGUGUAUACGCCACUGGGCGCGUUGCCACCGCCUGCUGGGCAGAGUCCGACGGGAGGGAUGAGGCGCUCCAUUGAGGCCGAACAGUCUCCGCAAAGGCCCCUCAUGCUGCAGACCAAGCUGAUCGGCUGGGGGCCGGACCGCUGUCUCCUGCUAUAG